UCAGCGCCGCGCCGCCGCCGCCGCCUCCGCCGCCGCCUCCGCCGCCUCCUCCUCUCCGCCUCUGCCGUGUGCACCCUCCCCCUCCGCCACCCUUUGUUGCCGCCGCCAUCCUCACGGCAGGAUGGGGAAGCGCAAGUCCAUGCCUUCCGCCACCGCUCGAGGAGCCAAGAGCCGGCCAAAGAGGCCAAGGUCCGCGAAGCAGGGAGCCGAGUUACGGGAGGAGAAUCCCCAACUGCCGGAGCACGACGACGCUGAAACUGUAGAUACUGAACCGAGAGCGGCGGAGACUGUUCAGCAUGAGAAAGAAUCUAAUGGAGGCUUUCAAGCUGUAGUGCAGGGUGAUGAAGAUGACACAGAAGAUGACCUAGACGCUUCUAGUGGUGAUGAUCCAGGUGAUACAAUAAACAAGGGAAACAAUUGUUUCGAUGAAACAGAGACUUCAUGUUCAUUUCAUCGUCAUGUAAGCCGUGUCCUAACAAAUGAAGAAGUCAAGGCAUUGAUAAAGCAGAACUCUAAAUUUAAAUGGGAAAUUCCUGCUGUGGACAUUCCAAGGUCCAAAUGGGUUGGAACAGGUGAAAAAAUGCAGGAAGGUUGUGAUGAUCAUCUUGAUGAUGUCAAAGGAAAGUUGAGAGACCAUUGGCAACAUACGCUUUCUGAUCAUCUAAAUUCUCGAAUGAGCUUCUUCUCUCUUUGUAAUAGUUAUCGUGACAUAAUGCAUUGUAAUAAGAAGCCAUUUUAUCUGAAACGUAAUGGUGUGGAUUCCAGUACUAUGGACGCAUAUAUUAUGCAUGCUUUGAAUCAUGUUCAUAGGACACGGGAUGUUGUCAUUAGAAAUGACGCUAAGCUUAGGAAUGAUGCCAACAGAGACAUUUCGGAUGAUAACACAUACCUUGAUCAGGGUUUUACGCGCCCAAAGGUUCUUUUCUUGUUACCGUUAAAAAGUUUUGCACGACGCAUUGUGAAGAGAUUGAUCCAGCUUUCCCCGUUGCAGCAAAAGAAUGCCAUGGGACCAUUUAAAAAGGAGUUUGGUGAAUCAGAUGAUGAAAUGGAGGUGCCUGAACAUGGCACAAAACCUGCAGACUUUGACCUUCUUUUUUCUGGAGAUAUCGACGAUCACUUUCUUUUUGGCAUAAAAUUAACGAAGAAAUCUAUCAAGCUGUACAGUAAUUUCUAUUCUUCUGAUAUCAUUAUUGCAUCUCCUUUAGCACUUAAACGUAAAAUUGAUGGAGGAGAACAUGGCAAGGAGAAGGAUUUUGAUUUCCUAUCAUCAAUUGAAAUAGUGGUUGUCGAUCAUGCAGAUGUGAUAUCGAUGCAGAACUGGGCGCAUCUGGAGGCUGUGUUUGAGCAACUUAAUCAUUUGCCAUCAAAAGAACAUGGAACCAAUGUGAUGCGAAUUAGGCCAUGGUACUUGGAUCAGCAUGCACAGUACUAUCGGCAGACAAUACUGUUAAGCUCAUAUCUUACACCAGAGAUUAAUGCUUUAUUUAAUGGAUUAUGCUUCAAUUAUGAAGGAAAGAUUAAAAUGGUGACCGAGCAUGCAGGUGUUCUUCCCAAAAUACAACUUGAAGCUCGGCAGGUCUAUGAACGGUUCGAUGCAUCUUCUAUUGCCGAAGCUGACGAUGCCCGCUUUGAUUAUUUCUGCAACAAGGUAUAUCCAAAGAUUCAGGACUUGGAUGAGGGUGGAUUGUUGCUCUUCGUUAGUUCGUACUUUGAAUAUAUUCGAAUAAAGAAUUUCUUAAAAUCUAAGGAAGCGUCUUUUUGUCGAAUUGGAGAGGCUACAUCACAACAAGACAUAUCUCGUUCAAGACUCUGGUUUUUUGAGGGCAAGAAAAAGAUCUUGCUUUAUAGUGAGAGAUCUCACUUCUACCACCGAUAUAAGAUCAGGGGUACAAAUCAUUUGCUAAUUUAUUCAUUGCCAGGGCGAAAAGAAUUUUAUCCAGAGCUUGUAAAUAUGCUAGGUGAAUCAGAAAACCCGAAGUGCAAUGUCCUUUUUUCUCGUCUGGACCUUCUUAAGUUAGAGCGGAUUAUUGGGACAUCUUCCGCACGAAGGUUGGUUUCCUCUGACAAGAGCAUGUUCGUCUUCUGCUGAUGUAGACAUGUAGUAGCCUAAUAGGAUUGUGGCCAUCUGAGCGAUAAAGUUUUGUUGGCACUACGUGCUCUUAUGGCUAUUUUUCCUAGCUCGCCGCAGUGGCAAUUCAUCUGUUAAGCUGCUGUAAACUCACCAUUCCACAAAUAUUCGCUUGCUAGUAACAGUAAUUCAUCAUGCCAUGGAAUUGAUUAUUGAUUGAUGUUGUCUACUCUCCAUAUUAUUCAUACAUGAGAAAGGAAGGGCUAGAACAGAUGGUUGUUGACACUUUGAGGAUCCCCAUGGGUUUUAA